AUGUCAUCAAACGCACCUAUAAUUAAAAAAAAAAAAGAGGCUACUGCUAAACCAUGUAAUCUCAAAAAGCAUCUUGCAUAUGAAUGCAAAAAUGUUGAUUCGGAAACUAGAAUUAAAGUCUUGCACUUGUUAUCACAUGAUUUUGUUGAUUCGGAUAAUGAUACAGCAUUAACAUCAACUACCAAAACAAGUAAAAGGCAAAAAUUAAAUGAAUAUGAAAAUAUUCUUACUUCGUUAAGUAAGGAAGAUCAAAUUAACAAGAUAUUACUCAAAAAUAGUACAUUAUAUGCUACUUAUCCUAUCCCAAGUCGUUGGAUUGUAUCAAAUAUGCUUUUAGAUCAAGAACUUGUUUAUGUUAAUAUUAAAGUAGAACGAAUUAUUAAUAAUGAAGUUAAUCUUACAAUUGCUAUUGAUAG